AUUGCCAAAAAUAAUGGAACGGUGACUUUAGCUCAUUUCGCUCGCGUUUUAGAUUUUCUUGGUAUCCUCGUUUCUGCUGAUGAUUUCACUCUUUUAGUUAAAAAGUAUUUAAAAGAUUCGUAUACGGUGAAUUAUGUAGCUUUUGUAGCAGCUGUUGAUGCGGCUGCUAAUUUUAUGGAACAACAUGGAAUGAUGGAUGUGGGGGGAGAUAUUUUGAAUCAAUUUCCUGGCCGGAUAAUCGACGCUGAGCUUCCUAAACUUCCCCGGCCUGAAAUCGGGAAGAUUUUGGCUUCAAGCAUUUUUGGGAAACAAAGCAUUUUCCAUCCGGCGUUAAAAGGACCUCGCGUUGAUGAAGACUUAAUGAUGAUCAUCAAAAGGAUUCAAAGGCACGUUUUAGAAAAUCGAUUAAGAGUCGGAGAAUAUUUUAGACAUUUCGAUGCCUUAAAUUGUGGUAAAAUAACCAUUUCGCAAUUUCAUCGUGGAUUGGAUGCUUUAGGAAUCAGCGGGAUUCAGCGAUUAUUUUUGUCUUUGCCUGAAAUUCAAUCGGUUAUGAUUCAAUAUAGGGAUCCAAUCGAUCCGAUGAGGGUUUGUUGGAAAACUUUUGAGAGCGACAUCGAGCAAGUUUUUACAGUUAGGGAAUUAGAAAAGUUUCCUUGUCUUUGCGUCGAAAGCCCGCCAAGAGAAAUUGAAGAAAUGCCUAAAAAAGGGGCUGAAAUUUGGAACAACGUUAAAGGAGGAUUGCGAGAUCUUUGCGAAGAAGCCGUCGAAAAGGUGAAACAAAAAGUUAUGAGGCGAAGAAUUUUAUUAAAACCCAUAUUUAGGGAUUGCGACAAGCAUAACAACGGACAUUGUUCUCGCGGUCAAAUGCGUCAAUGCAUCCUUUCAAAUGGAAUUUUACUCUCCGAUGAAGAAGUUUACGCUUUGGAAGCGCGUUACAACGACGAUAUGGGUUUUAAUUAUUAUUGGUUUAUGACAGAAAUUGAACCAAAACCCUACGAAGGUCCCUUAUACACCGGUUUCUUAGCCGAAAUGAGAAAACUUAACGCCCCGCGUAAACCACCACCACCAAAUCGAAACGAAAAAGACAUCGUGUUAAUAUUGGCUAAAAUAAAAGGAAAAGUGGUUCGAGAACGAAUCCGUGUCAUAGAAUUUUUAAGAGAUUUCGAUCGUUGUAAUCAAUUGUUAAUUAAAAGGGCCGAUUUUAAACGUGGCUUAGAUUGUUGUCGUUUCGAAUUGACUGAAACUGAAAUUGAAACGUUAAUGGAUGUAUUUUCUUCACCGUUAAGGAAGGAGUGUGUUGAUUAUCUUCGAUUUUGUGAAGCUGUUGAAGAAGCUUUUACUCAAUCGUGUUUGGAAAGGGCACCUUUGAUAGUUCCUUUGCAGCAUAUUCCUGUUAAAGAUUGCGACAGGAACUUCUUAAACUUUGAUGAGAGAUUAAUAUUAUCGAAAGCUAUGCAAAAAUUGUCGAAGAAACCCGAUUUGCAGAUGAAUUUGCUCUCUAUAUUCCAGGAUUAUGAUAGGACAAAUUGCGGUACAGUAUCUCAGUGUCACUUCUUGAAAGCGCUUUCGAUCAGAGGAAUGUACAAUUUGAUAUCGCGCACUGAAUUCGAUAUGAUUUGCAAGUGCUUCAGUUACGAACGAGGGAUGCGAGAUGAAGUGGAUUAUCGGGCUUUUAUAAAAGCCUUAGAUGUCCUUUACGCUACCGACAAGUACAAUCCGUUUUGAUUCUAAUUAAUAAAAAAGAUAAUAAAAAUAAUGAAAAAUGAGAUGUUCAUCUACGAGUGUAUUUCAAAUUUUUUUUCUGUUGGAAGUUUAAUAAAAAGAUUUAGAGUUUA